UGAGAUGCCGCCAAGAGAUCCCUAGGUCUAGUGAAUAGCAAAACGGUACCAGCGUCUUCCAAGUUUGGCCCCUCGUAGGGCGAGCUCCACCCCCAAGUCUUUGCGACCCCGCAGUUGGCCCCAUGGGCUCGCUAGACAAGAGCACAAGCGAGGGUCGCGACCGUCCCGGAGGUCUACAGGGAUGAAUGCCCGCCUUUCUCAUGUAGCCAGCAAGCCCGAGCAUUUGUCGCCCUGAUGUGUGCUGGUCUGCCCACGCGUUUUAGCUUGAGAGUGCGUUGGCGUGCGUAGCGGGAGAGGCAGCAUGUUGUUGCCCAGCAGCACCAUAGUCGACUUGUAGCCAACAGCCGGUAUAAAGCCUGGACCCCAGAAACGCUCGUCUCCCCAUCUCUCAACCACCCGCCACCACCCAAGCGCAAUGCAAGGCGACGAGAAGCACUUUGAGCAGACCUGGGAUGAGUCGCCCAAGAGCCACGGUGGUGCCGUGAACGGCCGUCGUGGCUCCGUCAUGGUCGGCAACAUGGUCAUCGAGAAUCCCCUCCAGCGCUACCAGCCCGACGAGGUGGCCAACAUGGGUCGCGCCUUUGCGACGGAUCAUGGCCUCGCUGGCAAGGAGGACCUGUUCACCAAGGCCGCACUCGUGGCGCGUGAUCCUGAUGGGUUCUCGUCGCUUUCCUGCCUUUCUCCUCAGGAGCAAGACGAUCUCGCGUUCGAGCGCGACCACAAGUGGAGCUGCACCAGGACACUCGUCUUCACCAUGUUCGUUUGCGCCCUCGGCGCUGCCGUCCAGGGCUGGGACCAGACCGGCUCCAACGGCGCCAACCUCUCGUUCCCCGUAGAGUUUGGGCUUACCCCACCCCCUGCCGCUGUGCAGGCCCGCGGCCUUGAGCCCCGCGCGGGUCCCAGCGGAGGCAGCGGCCAACUUUGGGGUGACUGGAUUGUUGGCAUCAUCAACGCAGCGCCGUACCUGGCUGCUGCUAUUCCGGGUGUAUGGCUCUCGGACCCCCUUAACCACCUGUUCGGCCGUCGCGGCGAGAUCUUCAUCACUGCGAUCAUUCUCGUUGCGACUCCUAUUGCAUCCGGCUUCUCCAAGAACUGGCAACAGCUGUUCAUCAUCCGCCUUAUCAUGGGCGUGGGUAUGGGAGCCAAGGCGGCCACCGUCGCAGUUUUCUCCGCCGAGCUGGCACCCACCCGCAUCCGCGGUGCCCUUACCAUGGGCUGGCAGCUUUAUGUUUGCUUGGGCAUCUUCCUCGGCUUCGCUGCCAACUGCGUCGUCAUGAACACUGGCAAGAUCGCUUGGCGUCUCCAGCUUGGGUCGGCCUUUAUUCCGGCUCUCCCCCUUGCUAUCUUCAUCUAUAUGUGCCCCGAGUCUCCUCGUUGGUACAUGAAGAAGGGGCGCUACGUCGACGCCCUCAAGUCCUACAACCGUCUCCGCAAGUCGGAGAUUGUCGCCGCUCGUGACCUCUACUACUCGCAUGUUCUCUACGUUGAGGAGCUCUCCGAGGCCCGUGGUGCGGGCUAUUUCUCCCGCCUUCGCGACUGCUUUGUCGUUCCUCGCAUCCGCCGCGCUACGCUGGGAGCGGGCGUGGUCAUGCUUUCGCAGCAGCUCUGCGGCAUCAACAUCAUUGCGUUCUACUCAUCGACUGUAUUCAAGGAGAGUGGCUUCACCGACCGCCAGGCGCUCUUUGCUUCCCUCGGUUUUGGUGCGCUCAACUUUGUGUUUGCGCUUCCGGCGCUGUUCACGAUCGACACGUUUGGCCGCCGCGCGCUGCUCCUAGCCACAUUCCCAGGUAUGAUCGUCACUCUUCUGGGCACCGGGCUAUCGUUCUUGAUCCCAUUUGAGCCGGGAUCCGGAUCCAAAGCGCGCCUCGGCGUCGUCGCGACCUUCGUGUACGUCUUCACCAUGUUCUACUCGGUGGGCGAGGGACCCGUGUGUUUCCUCUAUGGUGCAGAGGUCUUCCCAACGGUCCAGCGCGAGCAAGGUAUGGCGUUUGCUGUCUUUAUCAACAUGCUGUUCGCGUCCGUCCUGGGCAUCACGUUCCCAGCCAUGAAGACCGCAAUGACCCCUCUCGGCGCAUUCUGCUUCUACGCCGGCUUGUCGACUACAGCGCUCAUUCUGAUCUUCCUUUUCGUGCCCGAGACCAAGGGUAUCAGUUUGGAAGAACUCGACGACGUGUUCAGCGUUCCGACGUCCCAGUUCAUCUCUUACCAGACCAAGCAGUGGCUGCCGUACUUCUUCAAGCGUUACCUUUUCUGCAACAGCCGCGCUAUGCCGCCGCCGCCUAUUCAGGCCAAGUACCGCGACCACGACAUUGUCCAACACGAGCGCAGGCAGUCGCUCGCCCACGCCAAGGACAUUAAGGCGUAAAACGAGAGGAGUGGAUGUGGAUUUGCGCCCGUGCGGAUUAGGUGUCUAUUUGACAAGCUGAAUAGCGUAUAUGAACUGAGUAAGAAGUCA